AUGCUCUUGCGGCCGCUGGAGGCCGAGGUUCACCACGCGCGGCGGCUCGUGGCGUCCAUGCGAUGCGUCGUUGUCGUCUCCGAGUUCUUUCAUCUGCUCGGCCCGGCGCUCACGGCGCACGCACUGCACUUUGACCUCUCGGCCGUCGUUCGCACCUCGCCCCGCGCGCCGCUUCCGGUCCAAGAUGGCGACGCGCAUCCAACGGCGUUUGUGCGCCGCCGCCGCUUCUUUCGCGUGCUGUACGCCCACAAGCGCCACAACGCCAAACGAGGUAUGGCCAAGUUUGAACGCGCGGCGAGAACGCUCCAGCGCGUCUACCGCGGGUAUCACUGUCGACAGCGCCUUUCGCAGCGGCCCAAAGACGUUCUGCGCGGCUCGAACAUCUACGGGGGCGACGAGCGACUCGUGUACCGACCUCCGGACCGCGUUGACACCCGUCUUCAGCGGCUCCGGGCGCGCCGGGAAGCGUACCACUUAACGUGGCACGACCUUCUCGCGUUGCAAGCCAAGCACAACGUGGUGCUCGCGGCCCAUGUGGCGCUGCAGGAGCAACUGCAGCUCGCCAACGGCAACGACGUCGCAACGUCCCUCAUUGAUGGAUUUCCGUCAACGUAUGCGCCGACGAUUGUCGCCCACCGCGACGUCGACGCAGCACGCGUCGCGCUCCUGUACGAGCGCCUCGUGCAGCCGCUCGUGCACGCCGCCGUCACCCUCGUCUCGGCUCGGCUCCGCAUGCGGCCCGUUCGGUCGGCCUUUCUCGUCCGCCGGUCCAUUCAUCGCGCUCGUGAACGCCGGCGUGCCACGUCACAUGCCGCGUGUCUCUUGCGGCUCACGACCACGAUGCAGCGACGGCACUUGGAGGACGCGAAUUCGGCGGCCACGAAGCUCGCGAGCUGGUGGCGCAUGCUACAAGCGAUUCCGGUGCGCCUGCGACUCCGGCGCGCCCACGCAUUGAAGCAGCUCGGCGUUGUCACGUGGAUGCUCCUGCGCGCGAAGCGCAUUGCCCGCGCCGCACGCUACGCUGUGCAUCAACGCCACGUCGAGAGGCACGUGCGGCAACGCGUGUGGCGCCGAUGGCUCGGGUCCGUCUUUGGCAGCUGGCGACGCUUUGUGCACAUGGUCCAAAACGAGCGCCUGGCCCGACGACGUCUCUACGAUGACGGGCUGCAGAAGGGACUGCACCGCGCCGCCGCAACGAUCCAACGCGUGACGCGCCGGUACUUGGUCGACGCACGCCGUUGCUACAUGGAGCACGUUCGGAGUGACCUCCACCCCUUCGUCGCGCGCUACGAGACGCAGUGGCAGGACGACGGGACGGUGCCAUCGGCGCUCGUGCUGUCGACGUUUGCAGCAGACAUGGCAGCGCGCUGUGAGCCCACCAACGACGAGACGUGGGCAUCGUGGGCCAUCGAGUACCGCUUGCCGUGGACGCGCCUUGAUCCGCUGUCGACGUGGCUGCCAGACACGACGCGUCGCUGCUUUGGAGCCAGCGCGGCGACGCGGGUCGAGCGCUGGCCGUGGCGCGGGCUCUUCCUCGCCUUUCUCGAGCGCGUGAGUGCGUGGUAUCGGCACGAGAGCAGCCGGCCAGCGCAGCGACGAGCGAUCGAGGGUCGCGUCGAAGCGGCAUGUACGAUGCUAUCGUACGCCGCCUACCUCGCAGCGUCGCGCCGACUGCCGUCUCGGCACGAUGCCCGCGCGCUUCAGGUCGAGUGGGCCACCGCCCUGGCCGCGCGACGGCGCCUCGUGGCCUCGCCGGCAACGACCGACACGCGCACGCUCGCGUCGUACUGCACGUUUCAUCGCGCCAUGGGCGAGACGCUCUGCGACCACUGCUGGGCCAUGCUUGAGGUCGAGCGCGACGCCACUGCGUGCGCCACCUGCGGCCAUGCCUUCUUGGCGCGCCCGACAGAGUCCUCGAUGGCCAGCGCCGAUGCGGUCGAGCCCAUCGACUUGCUCGUCUUGCACGCCUUCUUCCAUGCGAUGGCUCCCGUCGGUCACGCCAACCGUCUGCGCCCCGUUCCAUCCGUGUGGAAGGCUGCCACGGCGCACGCGCUGCCGUGGAUCGAGACGCUGUACGGGCAUGGCCUGCGCACACUGCACGACGUAGUGCACCGCCCGCAGCAGCUCGGACUCGUCGGGCUCCCAAGAGGUGUGCAUGCCAUUUUGCUGCAUUUCGUAGAGGAACUCGGGCGACGCAUGUGA